CUGUAGCACAACCAUGCGCAGACAUGAGCUUAGUGACUGAUUCUAAUUUUACGGCCAGCGAAUCCGGUGCUCAAACUGAUGCACUGACAAGCAAGUUCGUGGAGCAGUUUGGGAUAAAUCCGCCAGUGGGAUCGCCCCGGUCUGUGUCCAACGAAGCCAUGCCGCCUCGCAAAAUAAGCGUGGGCUGGAUGUCUGGGGGGCGACGGCUUGGGUACGGAUAUUCAUUAGUGGCAGAAGAUGAGGUUGAGAGUCAAAAGUCCCCGGCCGAUUCAAGUCCUCCUGAAGAUAGCGGAAACAAUAGCAUGGUAAACGGAGAAACAAGGGAAGAGAAUGCUGGGAAUCAAGACCAGGACCCAGAUCGGCAAGCCGACAAGGUGUCAUCGGCACUUUGCGAGCCAUCAAUCUUGAAUAGCGAUUUGCCAGGCUCCAUGAAUCCCCAGAUGACCCGGCGUUGGUCUGGACUUGUGACGACAACAGAUUCCAGUGAGUCGACAAACCGGGGCUCCACAGCUUCUUCCUUUUGGGAGUGGCUUACGAGUCGAAGAAUGAGCCAAGACGACACAGGCGAAAAGGCUAGCGAAAAGAUCCAUGGAUCUGGGUCCGAUCAAGGCCAAGCUCCAGAGAUUGAAGAAAGCCCGAGGAGCUCUUUUAGGUUCAGGAACAGAUACAGCGAGUUUUUCGAAAGGGGUUCCAGAAUGCGCUUCCCACUAGGUCCAAAUACGAACCAAGGCAGUGCCACCGACGAUGGUGAUGAAUCAGUCAUACAGACGCCGUCGAAUAUGAGCGAAUUCAGCAGUCUCCCGAAGAAACGACCAAGGGUCAGAUUCAGGGUUCUCAAUCGCAGUAAAACACGCAACAUCAGCAGCAACACAGAAUUCCCUUAUGUCUUUCCCGUCAAGCGUUCGCUUUGGAGGCGCAACUCAGAAACUCCAGGUGUUCACGGCCACUCAGUAGAUCCAGGACCAGGUCGAUACCGUUACAAACGAUCGGAACGAUUGGAUCCGCAUAGCGCUGGGGACGACCACGAAUCUUUGGAAAUGCAUUCAAACCCUGAGUGAGGAUCGGGCGUUGACGGAAGACGAGUUGGUCAGGCGACUUCGCAGACUAUGAUAGUAUUUG